AACUCCACUCUCCGCAUCAUACUAAGAUAUCAACAACAUCCGACUGCAUCUGAAAUCCAAGAUACGAGUCAAUCAAGCACAAAAAUCGCCAACAUGACCUCCCAAGGCCCACCACCAAUUCGCUACUACGACGUCCCCAAUUUCACCUUCCACAAUGGCGACACAUUGCCCAAUGUCCGCCUUGCCUACCAAAUCUUCAACCCACGACAAGAAAAGAUAGCUGUAGUGCACACGUGUUUCCGAGGCCGUCUGUCCACAACACUGACAUACGCCGACUACGCGCUGCGCGACUACAAAGUAAUCGUGAUCGCUUUACUCGGCAACGGGGAGUCGUCCUCGCCCUCAAACACCCCCAGCUUCCCUGCUAAUCUCGAGUACAUGGACUGCAUCAAAGCGCAGCACAAGCUGCUCGCCGAGGAGCUGAAAAUCGAGCAAGUGGAUGUCAUGCUCGGCUUCAGCAUGGGCGGACAGAUUACGUACCACUGGAUCACGACGCACCGGUCGUUUGUGAAGAAUGCGGUGAUCGUGUGUUCAUCUGCCAAGACGUCGAGACAUAACUUCCAGUUCUUGGAGGGUCCGAAGACAGCGCUGGUGAAUUCGAAGAAUGCUGAGUCGGGGAUUAGGGCAUUUGGGAAGGGGUAUUCGGCAUGGCUGACCAGUGCGGAGUGGUUCGAUCAGGAGCUGUAUAAGGAAAUGGGAUUUGAGAGUUUGGAGGCGUGGGACGAGAAUGCGACAUACAAGGGGUAUGAGGGUUGGACGGGAGAGGAUUUGUUGGCGAUGUUGGGCAUGUGGCAGCGAGGUGAUAUUACCAGGUGCUGGCAGAGUUCAGAGGGUGAUCUGAUCAAGGCGUUGAAGCACAUCGAUGCGAGAGUGCUGCUCAUGCCGUGCGAGACGGAUCAAUACUUCCGUCCAAGGGCCAACGAAGCGGAAGUGCAGCACCUGAAAGGCGGUCGUGUCGCGGUUGUGCCCAGUAUCUGGGGUCAUAUCGCGGGUGGUGGUGCUAACGAGAAGGAUGUCAGAUGGAUGGAAGGAAAGAUUGCAGGUUUUCUGAACGAUGGUCCUGCCUCAUGAAGAUGGCGAUACAUGAUCACUAGUCUACAGUGUAUGUGUCAGGGCGAAAAUGCAACAGCAAGUGUACAUACGAUUUAUUUCAUGCGAUACUUGCACCCGGAA